AUUACACAUGUAUCUCAUAUACAUGGGAGAUAUGCAGGAAAAUGAGUAACUUUCAGAGGUGGCUUAGAAUUCAGGCUUAAACACCAGCUUCAGCUAAAGGCACUAGAGAGAAAGUGUGGGGGAAGCCAGUUAUGCGGAGGGGAGCAGGAAAAUAAGGGUAAGAUUUGCUAUGCAGAUUUAAUUCCAUAAGUCUUAACAUUGAUUAGAGUCCCUUGUGGUAUAAAGUCAUCCCUCUCUUCCUGAUAGGAGAGUGGGACACUUACAAAUGGAAAUUUUCCCUUAUAAAUGUAAAUUUCCCUUAAGGGUAACUUUGACUCUGUUUUCAGAGCUUCUCCUAUGUGUGCUGUUUCUCAAAAUAAUGGACUCAAAAUAACUCUUAUGCCAAAGAGGCGUAUUUUGGAAUGGCAUUUUCUGGUCUAUGUGCAACAGGUACAAAGACAGAGUCCCCAUGUGAUGCAGAGAAGGCAGAAUUCUGUUUGAGAUGCAGGGUAGUGGGACAAAUGGUUUCAGAUGCAGACUCAGAACCAGCACUGAAAGACAGGCCUGCUGGGGGCUGUUUGGAUGCUGGAGAAGCUCAAAGUGACUCAAAGCAGGGCCUUCCCAAUUGACUUUAUUUACUUUGCUUUUCCAGAAACGGGUUGCAUAUAACCCAUGGAAUGAUCUAGUAGAAAGCUGAAAGCCAGAAGGAAGUGGACAGAGGAGAAAGGAGGGAUGGAAAUAGAGGGAAUGAGGAGCCUGGGGAAAACCAAGGCAGUGCCCUUUGGAACUUAGCCUUAAAAAUGAAUCCAGUCGUUUCGCAGCCAGGAUAUGGUACAGGAGGUGUGAUGAAUAGUGACUGGCAAACUGGCACAUUUGACUGCUUUGAUGACCUGGGGAUUUGCCUCUGUGGGACUUUCUUUCCCUUGUGCCUUUCAUGUCAGAUCGCCUCUGACAUGAACGAAUGCUGUCUGUGCCGAGCGAGUGUCGCUAUGAGGACCUUGUAUCGGACGCGAUAUGGCAUCCCGGGAUCUAUUUGUGGUGAUUUCCUAUGGCUGAGCUGUUUCCCUCUAUGCAGCCUUUGUCAACUCAAGCGAGAUAUUGAAAAAAGAAAAGCAAUGAAUGCUUUCUAAAAGGUGCUUGGUCACAUUCACAAUGUGGUGAAAGGAAUGCUAGAAUCACAUACUGCAUCUGUUGAGUACUAUCUCACCCCAAAUCUUAGAAACUAAUUCAACUAAUCAUAUGGUUUCCAAUGGCUUCAAGACAUUUUAAGUUUCUAGUUUAUUUCAAAAGAAAUACAUUUCCAGUGCUGUUCUCUAAUAUGACUGCUAUUAAAAAAUUAAUGUC